UUAUCAGCUCGUAAGAAACUCAUUCACAACUAGUUUAUUACAUUCAAAUUUGUACAUGUUUUGAACGUUUUUCUACUGUAUUUAUAUGACCCCGAAUAAGGAUAUGUUUGCAUACAUUGAUAAUGAUGGAGAUAUAGGUAUUUCAUGCUGUAUUCAUCUUCGGUAUGUAACGUAAGUGCAUGGAGUAUAGAAACGACCUAUUUGUGCAUCUAGACCUUCAAAUAAGAGGUGCAUCUUCAAUAUGUCGGUUCCGAAAGACAGUGGAUGGUCAUGGAUUAUUCUUAUAGGAGCUACUAUGCAAUUAAUGUUGACUAUUGGUUUAGUCAAGUCUUCAGGGAUCUUGUUCAUUGCCUUUCAAGAACGUUUCGAAUCUUCUUCGUCAUUAACGUCACUACUGUCAUCUGUGCAGAACUUUUCAUACAGCAUUACAGCACUAAUUGUGAUGACGGUUGGUGUAAAGUUAACAACAUGCAGAAACCUUGUCUUCAUUGGCUCACUUACAAACUGCCUUGGUUACGUGUUGUCGUCAAGGGCAACAAACAUAUACGUGGUGUUGUUCUCCUACGGCAUCUUAGGCGGUGUUGGAGGAGCCCUUACGCUGUGUACAUCGCUAACAAUGAUCAGUCUGUACUUUGACAAGAAGCGAGGAUUUGCAAACAGCUUGGCAGUUGGAGGAGGUUCUAUUGGUGGUCUCGUAUUUGCUCCUUUGCUAACUGUGCUGUUCCGUGAAUAUGGAUACCAGGGACUUAUGGUCAUUGCCGCGAUUGUGUUAAAUGGAUGCAUAAGCGCGGUCUUAUUCAGACCUCCCGAAUUUUACAAGGAAAAAAAUAAAAUGGCUCCUGAGAGUCGAACACUUAUGAAUGAUGAAAAUGCAGACACCACUUACAUUGAACAUUACAAAAAGCAUAAUGAAAAUGAAAAAUCUAAAUAUGUUUCGGACAACAAUUUUAGAGACUUUGAGUCAACACAUUGUGGAAAUAAACCAAUCAGUAAAGAUAAUGGACAUAUUCUCAAAUCCCCGCUACUUAUGCGAGCUCAAACUGACACAUACAGGGAAAGAAGUUACAGUGCAAAUAACGCGGAUACCAUCGCAAGAAACAAUUGCAAGAAGGUGCUUCGAGAUAUUGACAGACAAAAUAACUUGUCUCUUAAUUCAAGACGCAGAACGGUAUCUGAAAACGUAUCCAAUUUACAAAUUAAACAAAGGGAACACAUAUCGCCAUCUUUAACAGUAAUAGCAUGUGUCGAUUACAUGGCUGCUUCUGUUAUUAACCUAGCCGAGGAUAUCAAAGAGUUCGAAAAUGUUGCUGCAACUUCAAUGGGUGAGCCAAAUGACAGGUCUAAAGUUUUAACAUUUUUCAAAACUCUUAAAAACAUAUUUGAUCUCAGUUUGUUGAAAACGCCCGUGUUUAUUGCAUUUGAAAUUUCCGCAGUUCUGCAAUGUCCAGGUACAAUCCUAAGUACUUUAUUUAUCGCACCGUAUGCCAAGGAAUUAAACAUCAAUCCUGAACGCGUCGCCUUGCUUGUUACUAUAUAUAGCGCAGUGGAUCUCCUUUCAAGGAUCAUAAUAGCAUUCAUAUCUGACAACCGAUAUCUUCGAAGAUCUUCUAUCGUUGCCAUUUGUUCAAUGACUCUCGGAAUUUCUUCUCAUCUCCUUCGAUGGUAUACAACAUUUGAGAUUCUAGUUGCCUACACAGUGGUAUUAGGCCUGGUGGGCGGAGCCUACUUUUCCCUUUAUGCUGUUAUAAUAGUUGACUUUAUGUCACUGGACAAACUACAAAGCGCCCUUGGCUUCACUGCGCUUUUUCAAGGUUUUGCCAGCGCUUGUACUUUCUUUGUUGUAGGCUAUUUACGCGACACAACGGGAUCAUACACUGCAUCCUAUCACCUGUUGGGAACCAUGGUCAUGUGUGGAGGAGUUAUCAUGUUCUUCUUACCAAAGGUGCAAAACCGGGUUCAAAAGCGCGAUGGGCUUGCUAUUACUGUUGAAGAAGACCCCACUACCUAAUCCUGAAAUUGAUUGACAUAUUGUAUUAUUGCAUUUAUGUUUUGUUAUGAAACAUUAAAAAUCACGGUUUA